AUGACAACAAAUACAGGCAUUCAGACUCAAUUAUCUGAACUAUCGACAAAAAUAUACGACAAUUACGACCCUCACAAUCCACAGAUCUACCUAGACCGAGCAAAGCUAUACGCAAAACUAGGAUUCUAUGACCUCGCUGCAGCAGAUGCCUACAGAGCAUUGACCUUAUUGGAAUGUGCUAUUGAGCCUGAUUCAGCAGAGUAUGUUGCUCAGAGGCGGGUUGACACUACAGAUGACGGAGAUGAUGAAGAGGAGUUUGUCGAAAUUACAGAAUCAGAGUAUGAGUCGAUGAUCGGCGAGACGUAUCUCAUUCUUGUCCAGAGUUUGGUUCAAUGUGGAUGUUUGCGUGAUGCGUUCGAGUUUCGGGGUAGAGCUAUCGAGCAUUUAUCCUCCCUGGAUGCAAAUUUCAAAGAGAUCAUAUCCCAACUCCAAAAUAUGGACAAAGGACUAGACAUACCCGCCGAGAAAAUGGCUACGCUUCCAGGCCAAGGAUAUGCGCGGCGAGUCCUCUAUCCAUGGAAUGAGCAUGAGCCAGACCGCAAAGCGCCCGAAACACUCGAUCUCCUCAACAAACGCCUGGAAACAGUCGCGCCGAAUCUGGAAGUUAAAGCCGUCGCGUUACCGGCUUUGCAUGGAGAGUCCAAUAUAGAAAAGGAAGGAGAGGUAUCAAUUCAACUAGGUCUCUUCGCCAAACGUGAUAUUCAAGCGGGUGAAAUCAUUCUACGAGAAUCGUCUCUAUUAACAGCCACAAACCGUCUGCACGACGAUUUGUGCGACGCCUGCAACGGCCCAUUACCCGACUUAUCGGUCCCCACAGAGAAAGAAAGGGGUGAAAGAGCAGUAGCCUGCGCCUCGUGCGACGAUAUAAUCUUCUGCAGCCAAAAAUGCCACGACGAAGCUCAAGAGACCUACCACGGCGCCAUUUGCGGCCAGGAAGGUCUCGACUCAAUUGGCAAGGAUGUCGCUGACCCAAAGGACAAGGCUGAUUAUUUAUAUUUCCUGUUACUUGGACGCGCAAUCGCGAUGGCCGCGACGCAGGAUAUGCAUCCGUUGGAGAUGCCGGAAAUUAAAUAUAUAUGGGGCGAUUUCCACGACUACCAUCCCGAUGCAGAUAAUGAGUCGAAAGAGGAGUAUUCGCUCCCGUUUUCGUUUCAGCUUAAUAUCCUCCAACCAACCCGCCUACUGGAAGAAAUGGGCCUCGACCCGUUUACGACUUUGGCCCGGUAUGAUACUUGGAUUUUGAAUACGCUCUAUGCGAAAUUCAGGGGCACAGCUUCGGGUCGUUUGUCGACCUGGGAUGGGGGUCCGGAAGUAUGCGCUGUGCACCCGCUAUGGUGUCUCGCGAAUCAUUCGUGUGAUCCGAAUGUGAGGUGGGAAUGGGGUGGGGAGAUUUGUUUUAUGGUUAGGAAGAAAGAUGAGAAGGCGGUUUGGAGAAGGGAGAUUGAUGGAGUGAAGGAAGAGAGGGCCACAGAAACCAGCAAGGAAGGGGUUAUGAUUCGGAAGGGAGAAGAGAUUUUGAACCAUUAUUGCGAUAUUGGGAUUGAGGUUCGGGAGAGAAGGGAAUGGGCUCGUGGUGCGCUUGGGGGAUUGUGCCAGUGUGCAAGAUGUCAAUGGGAGGCUGCGGAUGAUUAG